AUGGCCCCCGCUACUGACAUUCCUCUGAUCCACCCUCAGCAACAGAUACUGGAUGUAGCAAGAACAAUUGUGCAGCCCUUGGCUCUAGCCCAAGAACCAGUGACGAGUCCAAAGAAGCCCUCAGCGAUUGAGAAAGAGCUGGAUCAGCCCCGGAUUCUUUACCAAUGUGGGGACUGUAAUGAGCUGUUCAGGAGCUUGGACCUCUGGCAGGAGCACCGUAAAGCAGGGGGAUGUCUACAGCCAGCGGAUAAUGAGGAACCCAUUUCAGAAGAUACUCCUGCGACCUCUACAGCCAGCCCAGAGACAGCUGUAGAUCUCUCUAGCUCCUUUGUUCCUAAAGAUUGUGUGAGUGAAAAUGUGACCCCUGAACCAGAGGCUGAAGCUGCAGCCACCGCUGUCGCUGCGGCGCUGGAGCAGAGUGAACCUGCUCCGAUGGAACAAUCUGAUCCUCCUGUCGCUGAGGCCAGAGCAGAAGCUGUUAAUCCAGAUGAGUUCUCUCCUCGACGACGGGACCGAACCAAAAAGCCCAAACCUGAGCCAGUGCUCCUGUGUGUGGACUGUGGCUCCUCCUUUGGCCUGGUGCCUGAGCUUGUGGCCCAUCGAAAAACACAGCACGGCUUUGAGGAAGCACUGCACCGCUGUGGCGUGUGCGGCGAAAGCUUUCUCAACACAACCCUUUUCCUCUACCACCGCAAGCAGCACCGGCAGCGCGGCGAGGAGGUGACUGUGCAGGAUUUAGUUGUUAAAAAUGCCGUUAAUGAAGAGCCAAAUAAACCCAUCAACAUAACUGUUAGCUACCCGCAGCCCAUACAGUUCCUGUGCACUGAAUGUGGCCAGAGCUUCAAUGCGGACCACGAGCUCCUCUCACAUCGUCAAGUGAAGCACGGCCUCACGAAGCCCCUCCACACCUGCUCCACAUGCAACGUCGAAUUUAUGAACACGACGCAGUACCUUUACCAUCGCAGACAGCAUAGGUUCAUAACAGACUCACCCGACGAGGCCACCACGACUGUCGAGACCGUCAUCACCGAAACCCAGGAUUCCCCGAGGACAAAACGAACCCUCCUGGCUGCAGAGUCCAGUGCUCCUGUUGAGAAGAAGUGUCGCACCGCCCUUAAAGUCGUGAAUGCUGGACUAAAAGCUAUAAAAUCUGAACCAGACGAUGGCAACACGACCACUGAUGCCAAUUCUGGAAACUACCCCCCUGCCAAGCUGCUACACGACUGGUCCCGGACACCGCUUCCUCAUGUUUGCCCUUAUUGCAGCAAAACCUUCACGCGGCGCAUCUUCCUCAGAGCCCACGUCUUCAGCCACACGGGAGAAAAGCUCUUCACAUGCAAGGUGUGCUCAAAGUCUUUCAACAACUCCCAGAGCCUGCUUCGCCACAGUUUGUGCCACACCGGAGCCAAACCAUACUGCUGUAACAUCUGUGGCAAAAGUUUCUCUCAAGCGGCCACACUGAAGCGCCACCAGCAGCUUCACAAUGUCUCACAACCUCGGAGGAAGAGAGGAAGGCGACCUUUGUCGCAUCAGGGUGAAGAUGAAGAUCUUUUUUCUUGUCCUCGCUGUCCAUCUAUGUUCAACACUGAGGAGCAGCUCAACGAUCACAAACUGCUUCAUACCAGCCAUCCUUUCCCUUGCUCUGAGUGUGGGGAAUCCUUUAAGCGCAGAAAGGACCUCGACCUUCACUCUCUUGCUCAUCAAGAUAAGAUGCCGGCCAUAUGCCCCCACUGUUCAUCCCAGUUUGUAAACCAGACAGUCCUCGACAUCCACCUGCAGCGCUGCCCAACAAAGGAGGACGACCGCAACACUGGUCGAGGGCGCGGGCAGGGCAGAGGGCGCUCCACCGGGCAGGUGGAGUGUGACCUGUGCGGACAUCGCUGCAUGACGCAGGAGGGCCUGGAGCUGCACCGCCUGUCCCACACAGGUCAGACGCCGCUCAAAUGCCCCGUGAGGCCUUGUCGCCGCCGCUUCAUCUCACACAGUGCGCUGGAGGAGCACGUGCUGGCCCAUUUCCAAGGAACGCUCCACAAGUCCAGGAGUCGCGCUCGCUUCCGCUGCUCAGUGUGCCACAAGGAGUUUGCUUACAACUCGACUUUCAAGGUUCACAUGAGGACGCACACGGACGAGCGGCCCUUUGAGUGCUCCACUUGUGGCAAGCGCUUCCGGCAGCUGCCUCAUCUGCAGGACCACGAGCGCAUCCACAGUGGCCUGCGUCCAUUCUGCUGCUGGAUUUGUGGCAAGAGCUUCAGUGUGGCGGCCCGCCUCACGGAGCACGCCCGCAUUCACAGCGGGGAAAAGCCUUACCCGUGUCCACACUGUUCUGCUGCGUUCAGAGCACGGGCAAACCUGGAGAAGCACAUCCGCACGCACUCAGACCUGCCCCCGGAGACUGCGGCCGAGGCGGUGAACGCAGCAGAGGCGGCGCAUGUCCAGAAAGUGCUGGAAGGAGCCAAAGUGCUGUCUGUGGCCACGACGGAGAUGGACACGGCCGCCGCAGUGCAGACCAUCUAUGUCCUGCAGAGCACAGAGGAGGGCACAGAGACCGUCAUGAUCCCGUCUGACCAGCUCACUGGUCUCGAGGGAAACUCACAAGUAGUUAUCCUGCCGUCUGGGCUGGGAACACAAACUAUUACUGUUCCUACGAUCACAAUGGAUGGAAAUGAAAUCACUAUGGUGGAUGCAGGCCAGGCACAGCACCAUUCAAUUGAGUUUAUUGUUGAGGAAACUAUAUGA